AUGGAAGUCCCCAGUGCCUCUGCAGUAAUGGCAUCUGGGAUUCAUAAAGAAAUGUACGUUGUUUUGUUGCAUCACCUUUGUGCAUCAAUGAAAAGUCCAAGCAUGGACUUGUUCAAGCAACAGAAGGUGGAAGAUGUUUAUGAAAUUGGGGAAGAGCUAGGAAGUGGCCAGUUUGCUAUAGUGAAGAGAUGUCGAGACAAAAGCACCGGCGUGGAGUACGCUGCUAAGUUCAUUAAAAAACGUCAGAGUCGGGCCAGCCGGCGUGGAGUGAGACGGGAAGAAAUUGAACGCGAAGUUACUAUUCUGCAGCAGAUCCUGCAUGCCAACAUCAUCAAGUUGCAUGACAUCUAUGAGAACAAGACUGAUGUAGUCCUCAUCCUUGAGCUGGUUUCUGGAGGAGAACUUUUUGACUUCCUUGCACAGAAGGAGUCUUUGAGCGAAGAGGAAGCAACCAGAUUCAUUAAGCAGAUUUUGGAUGGUGUGAAUUACCUUCACUCUAAGAAGAUUGCUCACUUUGAUUUAAAGCCUGAAAACAUUAUGCUUCUAGACAAGAAUAUCCCUAUUCCACACAUCAAACUCAUUGACUUUGGCCUGGCUCACAAGAUAGAAGAUGGAGUUGAAUUUAAAAACAUUUUUGGAACUCCAGAAUUUGUGGCUCCAGAAAUAGUGAACUAUGAACCUCUUGGACUAGCUGCAGAUAUGUGGAGCAUAGGAGUCAUCACCUACAUACUACUUAGUGGUGCGUCACCUUUCCUUGGAGAAACUAAACAAGAAACACUUGCCAACAUCACAGCUGUGAAUUAUGAAUUUGAUGAAGAAUUUUUCAGCAAUACCAGUGACCUGGCAAAAGAUUUUAUUCAGAAACUCCUGGUGAAAGAUACACGGAAAAGGCUGACAAUUCAGGAAGCCCUGUCCCAUCCAUGGAUAACGCUGAAAGAAGAAAGCAAAGUCCAGGAAAACAAGAAGGUUGAGAACACACAGCUGAAGACAAAACGCCUGAGAGAGUACACCAUAAAGUGCCAUUCAAGUAUGCCUCCCAAUAAUACCUACAUCAACUUCGAGCGCUUUGCCCGUGUAGUAGAAGACAUUUCGCUUACAGAACGGGGUUUCAGCACUUUGGCUGCAUCCCACGAUUCCUUGCAGGAGGACAUUGAUGCUCUGGUUUCCAUUUAUAAUGAGAAAGAAGCUUGGUAUAAAGAGGAGAAUGAAAGUGUGAGGCACAAACUGUCUCAGCUGAAGUAUGAAUUCCGUAAAAUUGAAUCCCUGAAAAGACAUCUGCAAGAUGAUAUCAAGACUGUAGGUGCUAGUCUUACAGGCAUAACUGGGAAAUACGCUGAUCUGCAGAGUCAGUAUGAAUCUCUCAGUCAAGAACUUUCUGAGGAGCUCAGGUGGAUACAGGAUCUAAUGAGUAGUUUUCAACUGGAAAAUGAAGCUUGUGUGAAUGGAAACUUUGAGUCUGUCUUCAACAAAGACAUUAAUGAAUCGCUAAUGGAGCUGUUAAAUAGAUCUCGGUGUGAAGAAUUCCUUGCAGGGUUGAAUCUAGAUGUAUCAGAGUCAAAUCAGUAAUGUUGAAGAUCAGACUAGGUGUAGGGUUUGCUGCCUGUUUGAAUCUACAGCAGCUUCAAAAGUUUCCAGUGCACAGAUUCUACACAAAACCAUCAGCAAGAACCAAAAAGAAGUUCUGAUGCAUUGCACAAGAUGCUGACCAAAUCCACAAACUGCCAGUGGUUUGUAGCAUCAAAGUAUUUUUUUUCUCUCACAUUCAGUGUCUGAAUUUACAGGAACCUGAUUAUUGUGGUGGUAUAGACACAUUAAACCCUACAGCCUUUUGCAUUGCCUAUAUGAUACUUCCUCAUGUAUUACAGUUCCUGAAGAUCACUAAGUAAACUUUGAAUAAAGAGCAGGUCAGCAUGUGCUUUCUGUACACUACUGUAAGUGGGGUGCCUGGAAACUAAUAAAAACCUCAUGAUAAUGUCCUUGGUUGGAUAAAGUAAACCCUUGUGUAGACUUGCUGCAGGCAGUUCUAUAGAUCAUAUGAGUUAAGUACUUGCAGAAAUUAAUCUGUCCUGUAAAAUAUUUAGCUAGUACUGAUGAAAUUCUUUGUGAAUAGGUGCUGACAAAGAAAACUUAGGAUUAUUUUUAGGCCAGUUGUGCAGGGUGAAACCUUCUACCAUCAGAAGUGUUAGCUGUGAAUUAAUGCUUUGGUUUAAAAUAUACUGGAGAAAUCCUAUUCAAAAGAUACAACUGGGAACUUGUAAUGAACUGAUCAAAUAACUGCAUGUAAUUUACAGUGUAAAUAGUGAUUCGUGACUGAUAGAUAUACUACAGUUUACAGUUGACUUUCUAGAGUAAGGUUGAUGAAGCUACAACCAACUUAAUCCAUGAUGUGGGAUUUGAGACUACUGUUCUUGCUGUGAAGUUU